CAACAUGACAAACUUCACCUUCCUGCUCCUCUUACUCUGGACCCUCAGUCGUGUCCGUUUGUCACUCUGUCGGUUUCACUCAGUGACGGUUCAGGCUGGAGGACGCGUCACUCUGUCGUGCACCAACCUCAGCAACCAUCCCUCUCACGUCUCGUGGUCCAAGCUGGCCGACGGCGGCAUCGUCGGCUGCAUCUUGUCUAUGACCAGCUCCGAAUCCAGAGCUGUGCCGUGUGAUGGAGGUCAAGGUAACAAGUACAACAUGACAUCGAACGGGACAAACGUCUUCCUGCACGUCCAGGAAGUGAAUUUACUAGAUGCUGGAGUUUAUAUCUGCGGGUUACCCACUGACGAGUUUACAGGAAUCUUCGGCGUAACUUAUUUACAAGUUGAAGGCGACUCAAACUGCGUGUCUCACAAUCUGUCUCACAAUCUGUCCAUUUUGAUCCUGGGAAGCGUUGUUGUUUUUCUUCUAGUGGUCAUCUUUGGUUUAAUUCUCAAAAUCACCACCUCUCACACCGGUCAAACUAGCAGACAGAGUCGACAACAACAAGAGAACUUGAACUCGGAGGCUGUAAGCUACUCAGCGCUGGAUUUCAGAUCCAAAGCAAAUGGUGACAGGAGGCCGACUGCAGACAGAGAGACGGAUCCACAUGUGAUCUAUUCUGCCACCAGAUAA